AUGCUCGCUGAUGGAUCAAAGAUCCCAUGCUUCCUUUUGGCGAACAAAAUCGACAUGCUGGAGGAAAGCGAAGUUGAUGCAAAAAAGGCGCAACUUGACGAUUUUGUUGCAGAAAAAGAAUUUGCGGGCUGGUUUCCUACUUCGGCGAAAGAAAAUAAGAAUAUCGAUCGAGCUGCUACAGAGCUUAUACGUACGAUUUUGGACAACGAGAAGCGUCUUUCUCCCCCUACUAUUGACGAUGAUGUUAUCGACAUCCGCUCAAACAAGCCAACAUCGCCUGAAAAGCAGUGUUGCUAA